CGAUUGGUCUCUUCUCGUCCUCAUCCUUUUUAUCUCCAAUGGAGUCUGAAUCUUCAUGGUGGUUGCAGCCUCUCCAUGCCUCCUUUUCCUCCCUUAUCUUCUACCUCAUCAUCGCCGCCAUCCUCAUCUGUCUCUUUCCAUACUUCCUCUAUUUAGCUCGCCCCAAGCUUUGGUGCAGCUGCCAAGUUUGCCAAGCCUACAUCACUGCAGCCUGGUCGAUCCAAUUCAAUAACUUGUGCGAUUGGUACACUUAUCUCCUAAAAAACUCUGCUUCCAGAACCAUCCACGUCCAUGUCCUUGGCAACACCAUCACCGCCAACCCGGAUAACGUCGAGUACAUGCUCAAGACGAGGUUCGAGAAUUACCCGAAAGGAAAACCCUUCUCUGCAAUUCUGGGUGACCUUUUGGGAAGGGGCAUAUUCAACGUUGAUGGCGAUUUAUGGCGGUUCCAGAGAAAAAUGGCGAGUCUUGAGCUUGGGAGACUCUCAGUACGUUCGUAUGCCUUUGAAAUUGUGAAUUAUGAGAUUGAAAGCCGGCUAGUCCCGCUUCUUUCUUCCGUGACGGGGAAAGAAGAAGGUAUUUUAGAUUUACAGGACGUGUUUCGGAGAUUUGCAUUUGAUUGUAUUUGCAGAUUUUCGUUUGGUUUGGAUCCGAAGUGUCUAGAACUUUCUCUACCCUUGUCGGAAUUCGCCGUCUCCUUUGACCUAGCUUCCAAAUUGUCGGCCGAACGAGCCAUGAUCGCUUCCCCGUGGGUUUGGAAGAUAAAGAGGAUGCUGAAUUUGGGUAGUGAAAAGCAACUAAGAGAAGCCAUCAAGACGAUCAAAGUUCUAGCCCAAGAGGUCAUUAGGCAAAGGCGACAAGUCGGGUUUUCGACACACAAAGACCUUCUUUCUCGAUUCAUGGCUACCGUAAACGACGAAACGUACUUGAGAGAUAUUAUCAUAAGCUUCCUCCUAGCCGGCCGGGACACUUUGGCGUCGGCCUUAACGAGCAUUUUCUGGCUGCUGGCGAACCACCCGGAGGUAGAAUCCUCCAUUCUAAUCGAGCUUGAUCGAGUCAUCGGGGCAAACCAAACCCUCACAAGCUUUGAACAAAUGCUGGAGCUUCAUUACUUGCAAGCAACGGUCUAUGAAAGCAUGAGGCUUUACCCGCCAAUUCAAUUCGAUUCUAAAUUCUGCCUAAAAGACGAUCAUCUUCCUGAUGGAACCUUCGUGAAGGGAGGAACAAGGGUGACUUAUCAUCCAUACGCUAUGGGCCGGAUGGAGGAGAUUUGGGGCCCCGAUUGCUUGGAGUUCAAGCCUGAGAGGUGGCUGAAAGACGGCGUUUUCUUCCAAGAAAACUCGUUCAAGUACCCGGUUUUCCAAGCCGGCCCUAGGGUCUGUUUGGGGAAAGAAGUGGCCCUGGUGGAGCUGAAAAGCGUCGUGCUUUGCCUUUUGCGGAGGUUCCACGUCAAACUAACUUCACCAGUUGAAACGCCACGGUUCUCGCCCGGCCUCACCGCCACUUUCAGCGGCGGUUUGCCGGUCUUGGUCAGAGAAAGGCGAACAUUAAGCUAAAGGUUUUCCCCGUCAUAUGUCCUAAAUACUUCUCGCUAGUUGCAUCUUUCUUGCUAAUUAUGAAUGCAUUUGUUGUAAUAAUAACUAAUGAAGGAUGUUUAGGGCAAAUGAUAGAAAAACGCGUCUAUUUGACGCGACUCUAAAUUUGGAUUCGCAGCCCACGAAUUGGCAUCGAUCGAUCCAUAUGUGCAUCAGACUGACUGGCCCUGAAUUAAUAAUCAGAAGCGAAAGAUGAUGGAUCGGAGGCAUGUCGGUGGGAUAUUUGUUAGCAAAGAUUUAUGCUGGGUAUGUAGCUAGCUAGCUAGCUGGUGUUUUCUGGCAUUGUGCAGAUAUCUUGGUAAAAUUCCAAGAGGAAGAAGUUCUGUGCUUGUCAGUUGAGUGUACAUAUCUGUAGUGUUUGUCUUGUAAGAAGAAGAAGAUUCUAGCUAUGGUGGGCAACCAUUUAAUUCGUGCUCUUUUACGGUUAUUGAUUUUCAUUACUUGUCGAA